AUGGCAAUGGCACAGCUCACAUUCGAUCAAGCUAGUGAGCUGAUCCAAGGUUGGUAUUUUGAUAUGAGUGUGGAGUUUUUAGCCGACGAUGAACUGAAUUAUGAACUGACUGCCCGUUCUGUCAGUUUGUCUAUCGGUCUCGAUCGCUCACGAAAACGCAAGUGGCUGCGAGACCAAUUGAAGGUGGAAAGGGAUGAUCCGUCGGGAAAAUGCCCACGAAGAGUAGUGGGUGAUCCUACUGUGGAAGUCGAGGUUUGUACGCAUAAGUUUAUCGAGUUGAAAUCGUGUUUGGAACAGGAGGAUGAUGAGGAAAAGAAGGUUUGUUCCACUAGAAUGGUACACGUCGGUAUGCGUUUAGUGACUGUGUUGAGGGACUCGCGGGGGUCGCCUAACUUGCACAGUCAAUUGCAAAAUACGGUGGUUGAAUUAGCGGAGGUUCUUGAAUAUUUCUUUCGAGGUUCUGCUUCGUCUUUGCAGAGUGAUCAGCAAGAGGGAAAUGAUAUUUUAGCUCUGUUGGAUGCAGACAAAGCAGAUGAAAAUCCUAGACCGAGAGUUUCCGUUCUUAGUCAGGAUGACCUUGAUUGGAUCCAUUCGUUGCAAGCGAGAAUUACGGAUCUAGAAGCCGAUUUAGCCCGACGAAGAGAAGUAAAAGAUGCUGUAACUCAAACUCUUCCCGAUCAUGCUCAAUUUACUUCAUAUUCACAACACCCCGAUACAAAUUUCAGAACAUUUCAAAACUAUAAUUUUCCGCCUAUAAAGCCUUCCAAUUCAUUCGAUACUUCAUCUAGUUACCAUAAUUUUCAAAAUAUCCCAGAUCGUACAUUACAUUCUAACAAUAUACCAGUUCCCAACAAUACAUACAAUAUUCCCUAUCACCCGACGAGAAUUUCUAAUCCUCCUGGAGCAAAUCCCGAAAUGUACAACCAUGCUUCGGCUAUCCCAUCUUUCCCUAAACGAAAUUCACCUCCCAUGUAUAGUGGUGUUCUACACAAUCCGUACCCCGCACCGUACCACAACCGUCACACUCUUCCUGUGUCCAAAUGGAACAUCACUAAAUACAGUGGUGACGAUCAAGGGCUGAAGUUAAAUGAGUUUCUGGAAAUUGUACAGGCUUUAUCCCAAGCUGAGCAUGUGUCGGAAGUCGAGCUUUUCGAGUCGGCUGUGCAUUUGUUUGUUGGUUCAGCGCUCAAGUGGUAUAUGGCACAAAGAGCCACUGGUAGAUUGAUGAAUUGGCAGCAUUUGGUAUUUGAAUUAAAACGCACCUACAUGCACCCUGAUUUGGACGCGUUGAUCAAAAUGAAAAUUUACCAGCGUCGUCAACAAAAACAUGAAUCUUUCCACGAGUACUAUUUCGAAAUCGAGAAACUGUUCAGAACCAUGAGUGUUCAGAUUCCCGAUUACGAAAAAGUACAGAUUCUACAGCAGAAUAUGCGAGUAGACUACAAGCGACAAAUGACAUUUAUUCCGAUAGUCGACCUUGAAACACUUGUUGCUGCUGGACAGAAAUUAGAUGCAUUAAAUUUCUCGGCAUACAACAAGGUUUUCGGGGCGGACAGGAAUGUCCAAGUGGUCGAAAGCUCUGAAAACAAUUCGAAGAAAAAAAAUAAGAACCAAUCCCAGACUCAACAGGUGAUAGAUCAAACCGCAGCAGUAUCUCAGGUCAACCAAAAUAGAAACAAUUCACACACAUCCACUAAUUCGUCUCGUCCCAAUCAACUUUCCAACAAAAACAACCAAUCCUUACCGAACACCCAAACGAGUCAAAAUUCGUCUCAAAAUACCGCCCGACCAGACCCGAUCGCGGUGCCAUCUGGGUUCAAUUCUCGUCCACAGUUCACGUUGGAAGAAUUGAUAAACACGCACAUUCCCCCACCGGCCAAUACCUGCUACAAUUGCGGGAGGAUUGGUCAUCACGUAGCGAUGUGUAGACAGCCUCGGGGCAUAUUUUGCAACACCCAACGCGUAAGUCAAGACCGUUUUCUUCAACGUACGCCUCCCCCUUACUGGGUGCAGGCCACCAGAGAUAUUUACCCAGAGUCUGCGGAAAUUCUUCAAAUUACCUACCCUGUCCCCCACGAUAACCGGCCGUACGCACACGUAAAGAUUUACGGUUACCCGGUACGUGCUCUCCUGGACAGCGGUAGCAAUCAUACGCUUAUUAGCGAAACCCUUUUUUCGCAAUUGAAGUACAAAAAGUUGCAUCGUCCCUCCAAAAACGUGAUUCUACGGUCUGCAAGUGGAGAUGAACUGCAAAUUCAAGGUCAGGCUCAUCUUCCAUUUGCUUUCCAAGGAUGUGUGAAAAUAGUUCCUACUUUGGUAGUUGCAAAUCUGUUCAUAGAUUGUAUCUGCGGGAUGGAUUUUUGGAGGAAAUUCAAAAUUCAGCCCGCGAUGCAAAACUGUGGAGGGAUUGAGUCCACUGCGUCGGCAUCUAUUACCGAACACCGUAGUUCUGCAAAUAUUUUGACCGAUGAUGAAAUUAUGGUGAUCGAGAACGUCAAAAAACUUUUCCUUCCUGCUCAAGAAGGGAAAUUGACCCUGACCAACCGAGCUCAGCAUCGUAUCGUGUUGGGAGAGGAAUGGAAAAAUAAACCACCAGUCCGCCAGUUUCCAUACGUGAUGUCUCCGAAGACGCAGGAUCUGGUAGCCGUCGAGCUGGAACGACUGUUGGGUUUAGGGAUUUUGGAACGGAGCAACUCGGAUUGGUCGCUUAACUGCGUGCCGGUCAUCAAGCCCAACAAAGUUCGGCUCUGUUUGGACGCGCGCAAGAUUAACGAGCGGACUGUUCGGGAUGCUUAUCCGUUGCCUCAUCCCGGUCGAAUUUUAGGUCAACUUCCCAAGGCUAAAUACCUGUCCACGAUAGACCUGUCUGAAGCGUUUCUCCAGGUUCCAUUGGACCAAGAAUCGCGGAAGUACACGGCCUUUUGUGUACAGGGCAAAGGGCUAUUCCAAUACACACGGAUGCCUUUUGGAUUGAUCAACAGUCCUGCUACGUUAGCACGACUGAUGGACAAUGUCCUGGGCCACGGGAUGCUUGAACCGUACGUCUUCGUCUAUCUCGACGACAUUGUUGUGGUGACGGAGACAUUCGAACACCAUGAACGCCUUCUAGUGGAGAUUGCACGUCGCUUAAGGGAAGCAAACCUAAGCAUAAACCUCGAAAAGUCUAAGUUUGGAGUGUCUGAGAUUCCCUUCCUGGGAUAUCUCCUUAAUACAGACGGUCUUCGAGCCAACCCGGAAAAAGUUCGUCCUAUUGUCGAAUACGAACGGCCCAAUACCGUAACAAAACUAAGGAGAUUCCUAGGAAUGGCUAAUUACUAUCGGCGCUUCAUCUUAGACUUUAGCGGGGUGACCGCUGCACUCACAAACCUUCUGCAAAGCAAAACGAAAACCAUCCGUUGGAACGAUGACGCCGAACAGGCAUUUUGCGAAAUCAAAGAGCGGCUGAUAUCUUCACCAGUCUUGGGCAGUCCUGAUUUCAGCAAGGAGUUCUGUAUCCAAACGGAUGCUAGUGACGUGGCGGUAGCUGGGGUUCUCACACAAGAACAGGAUGGGGUAGAGCGGGUCAUUUCAUUCUACUCCCAUAAACUGACAACGCCCCAGAAGAACUACCAUGCCGCAGAAAAGGAAGCGCUUGCAGCCAUUCUCGCCAUCGAUGCAUUCCGUGGGUAUAUUGAGGGUUACCAUUUCACCCUAAUAACCGAUUCUUCCGCGCUGACCCAUAUACUCAGUACAAAAUGGAAGGUCGGGUCACGAUGCAGCCGAUGGGCGUUGAAUCUGCAGCAAUUCGAUAUGACCGUCAAGCAUCGCAAGGGCAAGGAGAACGUGGUUCCGGACGCCCUCUCGCGAAGCAUCGCAGCUGUUCAAGAAUCGUCGUGGUACGCGUCAAUGUCCGACAAAGUGGCCCGCCGGCCCGAUGAUUUUGUAGACUUCAAGAUCGACGAUGGUAAACUCUUUAAGUUUAUCACCGUGAACGAUAAUCCCUGUGAUACUCGCUUCGAGUGGAAAAUGAUUCCCCCGCCCACCGAAGUUCCAAAUAUUCUUCGACAGUACCACGACGAUUGCUUUCAUCCAGGCUACGACAAAACCCUUGCACGGAUCCGUCAAAGAUUCUACUGGCCUAAGAUGGCAGUUGAAAUACGGCGGUACGUUCAACAGUGUGGAAUGUGCAAGGAAGUCAAAGCUUCUUCCGUCCCUGUUGCACCUGCCAUGGGAAACAUGAAAAUUGCCACCCGCCCUUGGCAGAUCGUAUCAGCGGAUUUCAUUGGCCCUCUCCCCCGCACUCGUCGCGGUAGUCAGCACAUUUUGGUAGUUUGUGACUACUUUUCGAAAUGGGUAAUGGUUCAGCCUGUGAGGAAUGUCAGUAGUGCCCCCAUGUGUGCGAUUUUGAAAGACCAAUGGUUCCUGAGAAACUCGGUUCCUGAAGUGAUAAUCACUGACAACGGAAGCAGUUUCAUUUCCAAAGAGUUCAAGGAGCUGUUGGAUCGUUUCAAAGUUGCCCACUGGCUCAACUCACGAUAUCACUCACAGGCAAACCCGGUCGAAAGAGUCAACCGAACUAUCAAUGCUGCUAUCAGGACAUACGUGAGGGAGGACCAACGCCUUUGGGACACUCGUGUGUCGGAGAUCGAGAUGGUUUUGAAUACCAGUGUUCACUCGUCGACUGGAUUCACACCAUACUUCAUUAAUCACGGUCACGAGUACUCUGAAGUUGGUACCGAUCAUUUACUCACCCGUCUCGAUGUAAAGCUGACUUCGGAAGAGAUGGAAGAACGACGAUCGAAAAUGUUUGAGCGAAUCUACGACCUUGUCCGCAAAAAUCUGGCGAAAGCUCACAACGCUUCCCAACAGCGCUAUAAUUUACGGCACCGCAAGUUUGCACAAGCUUUCGUAGAGGGACAGCUGAUAUACCGCAGAAACAUGAAACCGUCUAGUGCAGCACAGAACUAUAAUGCCAAAUACGGCCAACAAUUCCUUCCAUGUCGUGUCAAGGCGAAAAUCGGAUCGUCUUCCUAUGAGCUGGAGGAUUUGAACGGCAAAAGUUUGGGUAUUUGGCCAGCUGUGCAUUUGAAACCCGGUUAG